UUUUGUCCAUCUUUACUUCCGUUGGGCUUAUUGUCUGGGUCUUUGCUGAGGAUCUGUUGGAAGAAAAGGCCGUAUGGGACUUGAUGAGGGCUGCUAGGGCGGCGCGACAGGUGUCGCGGCUUGGGUGCUGCGGCGCGAGGCGGCGGAAUGCGGGCUGUGGGCUGGGAGAUGCUUGGACGGUGCAGAAGAGGGCACUUUGGGGGCUGAGGCUGUUGAGGGGCGUUCACGAUGUCGUUGGGCAUGCGCUGACUAUGGGGGAGACUGCGGCUGGUGUGCGGCCACGGGGAAGUGCCAGCACAGCUUCACGAGAUGCUCCCAAUAGAGUCGAACGCGACGAGCUUGCAAGAGCCCAAGUCGAUCCAGAGCCAUGCUUCAUGGCAUACUUCAUCGCCCUUACCGCCGACAGCAGAUCCCACCUCGCCGGCCGGUCUCUCAGAACAGAUACGCUCCAUCAUGCGCCUGCUGCCGCACUCCGUCGUAGUCUGCACCUCAACGCACGACCGAGCACCACGAGCAAUGACCAUGUCGUCAUUCACAUCCCUCACACUCUCCCCAACGCCGCUGAUAUCCUUCAACAUAGCGACACCAAGCCGAACCCUCGACGCAAUCACCCAGAGCGGCCACUUCAACAUUCACAUCAUGUCGGGAGACGAGCUGGGCGUGCAGGUAGCCGACAGAUUCACGAGGGGCAACACGGACGAUGUUUUUGAGGGGCUGGACUACGAUGCGGGCGGCGAGACUGGGAGUGCGCCGCCGCUGUUGAGGGGGGACGGGGUCAUGUAUGCGCUGAGGUGCAGGCUGUUGCGCGAUGAGCCGACGGGGGGCGUGAUGAGGGUGAGGGAUCACGUUAUCGUUGUGGGAGAGGUGGUGGAGAUGAUUCCGGGGAGCUGUGGCAAGGAGUUUGGGCUGGCGUAUGCGGAUAGGAAGUACCGGCAGGUUGGGAGGGUGAUUGCUCGGGACUGA